AUGAUAAAUAAUGAAAAUAUUGAUGACACUGCUAAAAAAUUGACUAAAGAAAUUCAAUGUAUGAGUAAUUAUAAAAAUUUAUACAAUGAGAUCCAGAGAAUUGUUGCUUCCUCGGCUGUCAAAAAGGAUAAUUUUAAAAGUACAUUACUCGAAGCGUUGAAAAAUAAUGGUGGACCGUUGCAGUCAUCAGAAGAAAAAAAAUCAAACGUCGAUUUAAAUUAUUUGAAAAAAGCCCAAAUACAGUGGGAGAGACGAAUUCACAAGUCAUUAAAUUCAAUGUGUAAUGAAUUAAAUAUUCCGCUUGCAAGAAUUCGUCCAAGCGCUGAUAAAGAUGAAUUAACAGACAAAUGGAAUGAACUGAGUACUUUUGACAUUGAUUUGUCUUCGUACCGUCCUUUGUACGCCCCAAAAGAUUUUCUGGAAGUACUUUUUAGUGUUCAUGACCCAGCGGUGAAGAAACAGAUUAAUGAGCCUAAAUGGGAGUUCAGUCACAUUCAAAUUCAAGUUAAAACUUUAGAGCAGCUGAGGACGACCUACGCAGAGUUAGCACAAGGGGUAGCUUUAUUAGGAGUAAAUAAUGACAUGCCAGCAGCAGGAAAGUUUGUGAAUCUUGAAGCAGAACGUACUGAUUUUGGGGAAAAAGUUCUUAGUAGCAAUCACGCACCUAUAGCACAAGAAUUUUUAAAACGUGGAGCUCCUAGGGCUCUUCGUGGUCGUCUCUGGUCGCUAGUACUUGGCUCCGUUGUCAAAGAUAGCGACAGAAAGUACUAUGAAGAAUUAAAAGAACUAGUUUUACAGUACGACAUCAUGGUCGAUAAAUUGAUAAUAAAAGACGUACAAUUAACAGCAAGUAACGACGACCAGUACUUCGUGUUCGAGGAUGUCCUUUACAAGACAAUGUUAUGUUUUUCCCGAGACUCAGAAGUCCUGGCGCCGGUUACGACUGAUAGAAGCGCAGGCGGGCAAGUAAUUCACGCGAUUCUCCAAGGAAAGCCGGCAGCUCUGGAAAAUACUUUAGUUUUUCCACCAAGUGGUGUAAUUCCGUUCCACGGUUUUACUAUGUACGCAACACCAUUUUGCUACUUGUACGACGACCCUUGCUCGAUGUACUUCACCUUCAGAGCAUUUUAUUUGAGAUACUGGCUGAGACUUCACACGGUUUCCAGUCAUGAGCAGGGAAUUGUUGCUCUGUGUCUGCUGUUCGAGAGAUUAUUGCACGGACACCUACCACCAGAGCAAUUACUUUAUCUUUGGGAUCUUAUUCUAGGAUAUGAUUCUUUAGAAAUAAUUCCUUUACUUGCAGUAACGAUUCUUAGUUUUAGAAAAGAGAAUCUUUUGCAAGUUAAUAAUUUAGUCAAUGUCGAGGCCAUCCUAGCAGAUCUUUCGUCUCUGAAAGUAAUGCCACUGCUUCAACUAGCACUAUUGAAAGAAUAA